CCUUUCUCCGUCUCUUCUCCUCCGAGGAGCAGAGCCUGGUGCUGGAGCUGAGCGAUGGAGCCUCUGCUCAGCCUGCCCUGCGCCGCCUGGUUUUGAGCCAAAGGCCCUGCUCAGACCCUCGCCUGCAACCCAUUUCCCUGGUGUAAAUCCCCAUCAAUGAGGUUCUUUCGUCUCACCUUCAAGUGCUUUGUGGAUUGCUUCUGAGCCUGCUCCCAGACCCCCUCCCAGACCCGGAACCAGCUUCCCGACCCGACACCCGUCUCAGCCUUCUGCCCCGGAGCCCGGCCGCCCACCCAGUGCCAUGGCGCCAGUCCCCACGGAAACAUGUUCAGAGGGCAGUGGGUGCUCAGAAGUGACCGAGGCAGAAAGCGCUGAGCCCAUCGGUGGCACAGGAGAGUCCGCCCUCGAGGAAAGGACCAUCACUGCCCCUCUGGUGAUACCCAUGGGCACCACCACCAAGCUGCCCUUUCCUGAGCGGGAGACCUGGACCCGGCAGAUGGACUUCAUCAUGUCCUGCGUUGGCUUUGCAGUAGGACUGGGCAACGUCUGGCGCUUUCCAUACCUCUGCUACAAGAACGGAGGAGGUGUCUUCCUGAUUCCUUACCUGCUCAUCGUCUUCGUUGGGGGGAUCCCCGUCUUCUUCCUGGAGGUGGCCUUGGGGCAGUUUAUGAAACAAGGUGGCAUUGCUGCCUGGAACAUCGCUCCCCUCUUCAAAGGUCUUGGCCUGGCCUCCAUGGUCAUUGUCUUCUUCUGCAACACCUACUACAUCAUGAUCCUGGUCUGGGGCCUCUUCUACCUGGUGCAUUCGUUGACAGAGACCUUACCCUGGGCCACCUGCGGCCACUCUUGGAACACCGCCCAGUGCACAGAGCUCUUUGGCCGUGGCGACUGUGGAAACGGCACAGGAAACAGCACAGGGGGGAAUUGCAGCAGCCUGGCAGACAACAAGCGUUCGCCCAUCAUUGAAUUCUGGGAGAAAAAAGUGUUGCGAAUUUCAGGGGAUCUGGCUGAGCCAGGAGAGCUCAGUUGGCAGCUGCUCCUUUGCCUUCUCACAACUUGGGUCAUUGUCUAUUUCUGCAUCUGGAAGGGGGUCAAGUCAACUGGGAAGGUGGUGUAUUUCACUGCGUUGUUCCCCUACGUGGUUUUGAUCUUGCUGCUCUUGCACGGGGUGACGUUGCCAGGUGCCCUCGAUGGCAUCGUCUACUACCUGAAGCCUGACUGGUCCAAGCUGGCUGUGGCUCAGGUAUGGAUUGAUGCUGGCACCCAGAUCUUCUUCUCAUAUGCUAUCGGGCUGGGAGCCCUGACCGCACUUGGCAGCUACAACCGAUUCCACAACAACUGCUACAGGGAUGCCUACCUCUUGGCUGUGAUCAACAGUUCGACCAGCUUCUUUGCUGGCUUUGUGGUGUUUUCAGUAUUGGGCUUUAUGGCGUCGGAGCAAGGGGUGGACAUCUCCCAAGUUGCAGAGUCAGGUCCUGGCCUGGCCUUCAUUGCCUACCCCAAAGCUGUGACUCUGAUGCCACUUUCCCCACUCUGGGCUAUUCUGUUUUUCUUCAUGCUCCUUGUGCUGGGGCUGGACAGCCAGUUUGUGGGAGUGGAGGGUUUCAUCACGGGUAUCCUGGACAUGUUCCCGCAGCAGCCCGGGGCGGGCUCACCGCGCAGGGAGAUCACGGCCGCAAUCUGCUGCCUGGUUUGCUGCAUCCUCGAUCUCUCCAUGGUGACUCAGGGAGGCAUGUAUGUCUUUCAGCUCUUUGACAAUUAUUCAGCCAGUGGAAUCACGCUUCUGUGGCAGGCCUUCUGGGAGUGUGUGGUGGUCGCCUGGGUCUAUGGAGCUGAUCGCUUCAUGGAUGAUGUUGCCCGCAUGAUUGGCUACCGGCCUCUGCCCUACAUGAAGUGGUGCUGGUUAUACAUUACACCACUGGUGUGUGUGGGCAUCUUCCUGUUCCAUGUGGUGAACUACCAGCGCUUGACCUACAACAAGACCUACGUCUACCCCUGGUGGGGCGAAGUGAUUGGCUGGGCUCUGGCCCUUGCCUCCAUGCUUUGCAUCCCCUGCACUGUUGUUUACAAGCUGCUGCGAAGCAAGGGCUCUCUACAACAGCGCUGGCAGUUGCUGACUACCCCUGUCUGGGGCCACCACCACUUGGAGUACAUGACACCUGAAGCAGAGACAAAGCUCCUCCCGCCUCCAGACGGCCUCACAGCAGCUCCUCCAGAGAAGGCCACCCUCUUUGAGACUGUGAUUUAGUUUCUUGGACCCUCCUCCCCCUGUAGCAAUGCCACCAGCAGCACGGUCUGAGCUGAGGAGAGAAGGGGAUGGGAUUUGGGAGAAAAACCUAUAGUACCCUUGACUCAUCCUCUGGUUGUCCUUUGUGACCACUUUCUGUAGAAGAGGCCAUCUUCAGUGCAGUUAACUAAUGAAAAGACCUACGAAUUGGCCUAAUAUGGUUACGUUAGAGGUGCUCGUAGUGCAGCAAAGGGGAAGAAACAUACAUGAUCUGGGCCAGCCUUCUUUUAGAUCAGGUAUGGCCAAACUUAGUCCCUCCAGGUGUUUUGGACUUCAACUCCCACAAUUCCUAACAGCCGGUAGGCUGUUAGGAAUUGUGGGAGUUGAAGUCCAAAACACCUGGAGGGACUAAGUUUGCCCAUUCCUGCCUUAGAUAAAGAAAUCUGGAUGUGCAAGGCUGAUAUUUCUAUCUUACCCCUUUGAAGCUGUAAACAAAAUCAAACUUCUCCCUUGUCUUGUUCUUGCAUUGUUACCUAUCGAGCUUCAAGCCAAGGAUGUUGACUUCUUAGUGACUUGCAAAAAAAGAGGUCCCACCAACUGGAAAAGAGUUCCUCUCCAGACUCUCCAUGGAUAUUUCCCCCCAUGGCAGCAAAAACCCCAUAGCUUUUUCUUCCUGAACCCAGCCAGGGCUGUUUCUAAAAAAGUGCUGGAUUCUGGCAUUCUGUGUGAUGCUGGUGUAGUUUUGUUUGGUUCUGAUUUUUAUUUUUUGCCCUGUAGUUACCUUUUUGGUCUAUUUUAUUUUUUUAGCCCAGUCCCUAAUAUGACCUUAACUGGUGUAGGGAGACUAACAGCAUCCCGCUCUUCAGGUUCCCAUUUCUCUCUCCCUCGGGGAAAAUAAACACAACCACUCCCAAUCUAUUUCCAGCACUCUGUGGCCUACUUCUUUUCAUAGCUUCUUCCCACUCUCAUAAUCACAUUCCUUCUACAGUUUCAAGGAUAGUUCCACUUAAACAUUCUCGAUUAUGCAGCAAUUGCUUGUGUGUGUGUGUGUGUGUUUGUCUUCUUCAGCAUCAUUUCUUGCUUCCAUCACUCUGAAUCAGACAGGGGCAAACUGGCUACCGGCUGUUAGGAAUUGUGGGAGUUGAAGUCCAAAACACCUGGAGGGUCCAAGUUUGCCCAUGCCUGCUCUAAAUGUAUCCAUUCUCCUUUCCUUCUUUCCUUCUGGUCUACUUUUGGCUCUAACCAGGAGCCGGUUGGAGAAGGGAUGCCAAGUGCACACUGCAAACCAGAACUGAGGACGAUGCCCUUAAAUCUUCCACUGAGUGCAAACAGUCUCACUCUAAAUGGACAAAACUUUUAUAGAUCCCAUCAAUGAUACUGAAAUUGGAAAGGGUUGAGGAGCUAGAAAAUCUGGGGUAAUUGUGUCAACCUGCUUCUUCCUUCUCAAUCAAGCAGAGGGAAAUCCUUUGAGCAACACACAGCCAUGGAUACAGUUUGCAUAUUUCUUUCUGGUUGGACUUCUAUAGCUUUGACCUCUGUCUAUCAGGUGCACCAAUUCUAUGUGAUUGCAGUGCUGAAUCCACUAUUAGUUUUGGUCAGCUUCAGGGGAGCUAUCCAGGGUGCUGGAAUAGUUCGACAUCCUAGGCAGCUCUUCAAAGACUAUAAGAAAAAAUGGGUUCCCAAGGGUUUGAACUGACAAGUACCCACUAAUAGAAUAAUAGCAAUGUAUUAGAUAUCAUUAAACAUUGUAUUAUGUACAAUAAAUGAAUAUUGUAAGCCACUGUAUGUUCCCAAUAGGUUCCACGAUAUCUACCGUGUUUCCCCGAAAAUAAGACAGUGUCUUAUAUUAAUUUUUGCUCCCAAAGAUGCACUAGGUCUUAUUUUCAGGGGAUGUCUUAUUUUUCCAUGAAGAAUUCACAUUUAUUAUUGAACAAAAAAUGAACAUUAUAUACUGUACAGUAGUUGUCAUCACAAACCAGCAUAACCAGACAAACUGUGAAUUCUUGUUAUUACCAUUAUUUCCAUGUAUGGUAUGUACAUUUACCAAUCCCACAUACUCUGGUGUUCUGUCUGGUGGGCAUGCUUCCAAACAAAAACUUUGCUAGAUCUUACUUUCAGGGGAGGCCUUAUAUUUAGCAAUUCAGCAAAACCUCUACUAGGUCUUAUUUUCUGGGGAUGUCUUAUUUUCGGGGAAACAGGGUAUGAAAGAUUUUAUUUUUCAUUGAUUACAUUCUUGAAUUAUUUGAACUAAAUAAAAAAGUAAGUAGUAUGUAUUAUGUAAUAUUAGCCAAUUUUACUAGGCCAGAAAACACUUUGUACAAUUGUAUUAAUACUUGCAGACCCUACCACCAAAUGAAGUCAAAACCGGUUGUGGAUAAGGGAUCUACUUAUCCUUUACAAAGACACAAGAAAAUAAGAAAGUUUACUAUGUUGUGGAUGCAACUACCAUUCAUCAUACUGUAAAUGUAACAAUUUGAUUGUGAUUUGCAACCAUUUAUCUGAUAUUUAUAUUCAUUUAUUGUACAUAAUACAAUGUUUAAUAAUAUCUAAUACAUUGUUAUUAUUCCAUUAGUGGGUACUUGUCAGCUCUUCAAAGACCCCAUGUACACUGCCAUAUAAUCCAGUUUCAGGAUGCAGAUUAAUUGCAUGGAACUGGAUUAUAUGGGAGUGCAGACUCCUAUAAUCCAGUUCAAUGUGGUUCAAUCUGCAUUAUAUGAGUCUACACUGACAAUUAUAAUGCAGCUCAUACAAAACUAUAUGGCAGUGUAAAUGGGUCCUAAAUCUGAAUUGAAAUCUAGAAUGGAUUCCCUGCCCCACUAACAUAGAAGUCACCAGAACAUUCAACAGAUGUAGCUUUAUCACAUCCAGAGAGCAAAACAUAUUAGUGUGUUGAAGUUGACCAAUAACAACAAAACUAGUGGCAACGAAUAGAGAAUUUUGUGGCUCUGAGGAAAAGCAGAUCAUCACAACAAAUUCAUAGCUACUGGACUCUUACUGCCUCAUCACACAAGAGCAUGGAUCUACUUUAAAUCCGGUUUCUGCCUCCUGCAGAAUUCUGGGGUUUGUAGUUUGGUGAGGCCCAGGACCUGUCUGGCUCAGCUGUUUAAAGGCCCUUCCUAAAGUGGAUUUAAAGUGAAUCCAAGCUCUAGUGUGAUGAAGUCCCUAGUAAUCCAGAAUCAGAAAAAAGACAUUUGUUGGAUUUCUCUCUGUAAGUAGAGAAGAAGAGCGGCAGGCCUAAUUUUAAUCCUGAUGAGCAAAGGCUCCUCUCCCUCUCUCAGCGUUGCAACAGUGAUACUCCAUUCCUCCAAUGUAUGCAUUUUGUAAUAUAUGAGUGUUUGUGCCAAACUGGGCUGAGCCCACCUUCCUCUACUCAUGAAAUUGUAAUAACUGUUCGCUCCCUUCUGCCACAGCUGACUUCUCAACUCCUUGUUUUUUGCCGUUAUGUACCAACAUGCUCCAGAUCCAACCUCUGACAAUAAAUAUGGGAGAGAUUCAA